AUGCUUAAAGCAAAGUCGUCUUCUUCUUCAUCACCACGUAUUCUCAAAUUUGAUCUUAAUGAACUUCCUCCUUCUGAUACAGAUGAUGAAGAGCAAGAUGAAGCAAAGAGAAGAGACCAUAAAGUUUCUAGUGGAGCUUCUUCUAGGUUUUGUAAUAAUUUUGACCUUAACAAGUCUCCAAAGGAAGAGCCACCAAACCACGACGGUCACAAGGUAACUCAGAACUUUCUAAAACCUAAACCUCUCAAGAAAAGGGGAAGAGGUAGUAGUGGUAGGUUGAAUAAAGCAAAGAAGCAAAGACUCAACGUUGCUUUGGAAGUAAAAGACGCGAUACUCAUCUUUGAGAAGACUUUGUCCGUGAGUGAUGUCAACCCAAACCAAAGCCGUUUCUUAAUCCCUUUCAAAAAGCUAAAAAGAAACGACUUCUUGACUCAAGAGGAAUCGAGUUUUUUAGAGCAAGAUGAAAACAAGAAGGGGAUGAAGAAGCCUGGAGUGGAAGCGCUUCUUGUGAACGAAAGGUCUGAAACGUGGAGUUUGGUAUUCAAGAGAUGGGUGAUGAAGAAGAAGAAGGACUCUCAAAACGGUUCAUUGAACUACGUUUUGAACCGUGGCUGGAACGACAUCGUUAAGGACAAUAAGUUGAAAGCCGAAGAUAAGAUCAGUCUCUGGUCUUUUAGGUGCAAUGGAGUCCUCUGCUUUUCCCUAGUUACUCAUCUUUCCACCAUUAGCUCAUAG